AACCAUGCCCGAGAGCCGCAGCCGUCACGUGGCAGAUGGCGCCGCCAUCAGCAAAUUCUACCCCGAGGACAGUGUCCGCUCGGCGCUGUGCUACCAGCCUGCGCCGGACGACAUCUUCGUCGUCACACAUUUCCCCCAAAGCGGCGGCGACUGGGUGCAAGAGAUUAUCUACUACAUCUUCCACGAGAGGGCUCCACCAGCUUCGCUCAUAGAUCAUGCGGCGCAUCUACCGCACCUCGAAAUGCAGGGCUCCGAGGCUGCACAGGCCAUGCCAAGACCUGGAAGCAUCCGCACCCAUCUACCGUUUCACCUCGUUCAUCGCGCGAACUCCGCGAAGUACAUUUACGUAGCAAGGAACCCGUACGACUGCAGUGUCUUCUUCUUCGAGCAGCUCUGUAAUUCUCAGGGCAGAACCGUUAACGAAGCCUUCGAAGCUUUCCCAGCAUUCUUCGAAAAGUUCGUCGAAGGCCGUGCGCUCUGCGGUGAUUAUCUCACUGACCUCCUCUCCUGGUACGAGAGGAGAUUCGACGACAACGUGCUCUUUCUCACGUACGAAGAACUAGUCGAAGAGAACAAGACGUCAGUCCUGAGGAUCGCUGAUUUUUUAGACCAAGAAGGCGAGCACGGGAAGAAGUUGAGACGGAACCGGAAGUUACUUGAGAAGAUCUGCGCAGAGACGCGACACUGGGGUGUCUGGGAAUGCGUGGACCGAGACGCCAAGGAGAAAGUAAAGGAAGCUGCCGCCAUAUCUGACGAAGGCAAACCGGAUUGGGUCAAACGCUUGCAAAAAGCCCAAAAUUCGGUAGCCUUCGGCAGGGUGUUCAAGAGUUGUGAAGAGAGCAAGCCGCAUCUUACUCACGACAUCAUAUUUACACCGGAUAUGAUGGCGAAGUUGAAAGAGCGCAUUAUGGCUGCGGCCGGAACCACUCGCACUGUCAUGAACCUGUGGCAGAGUAACAACUAAUCUUCAAGAUACGCGAGGACUGGCCUCAUUUGUGCGAAUCGUCUGUUUCGCUCUUGACGCAAACAUGCCCGAUUACAAUCAUUUUAAGAGACUAAAGUGGUUAAUAUUCCAGUCAUCAGCAGCGCCGAUGGCAGCAUGCGUCGUUCGCAAAUGCGAGCGGCCACACUCCUUCAGGAACACCAAAGUUUAUGGGACAGAGUUAUCGAGUGAAAAUUACAAGUAAAAUAAACUUUGUUAAGUACAUGUUCGA